UUAUUUAUAUACAAUAGAAUCCGAUAUAGUCUUUUUGACAUUCCCCUCAAAAUCUAAUGGAGAUGAAUAACAGUAGUGAGAUGAGAGAGAAUAAUAAUAAUAACAACAACAACAUCACUCAUGAUUUCAUGAGAGUUGAAUCUUUCUCUCAAUUACCCUUCAUCCGACCACCUCCACCAAUCAACAAAGACAAACCCAUUCGCCUUUUCGGCAUUGAUUUCUCCCCCGACCAAACCUCCGACAACGAAGAAGACGACGACCAAGAUAUCCACCAAGAACCGUCCACCACCACUAACAGCGCCGCCGGAGAAACCACCAUUACCAACACCAACAACAACAGGAAAUUCGAGUGCCAUUAUUGUUGUAGAAACUUCCCCACUUCUCAAGCUCUCGGCGGCCACCAAAACGCCCACAAAAGAGAACGUCAACACGCCAAACGUGCCCACCUCCACUCCGCCGCCGUCCUUCACGCCGCAUGGUCUCCCUCCUCCUCCUACGCUUACCCCUCCCGGUAUGUUAAAAUAUCUAACGCGUUACUUUAACCUAUCAAAUGUCACGAGUUCAAUUUUAGUCGGUUUUAAGGUAAACCGACCACCGCAGUGGAUGAGAGUAUAAAUUAAAUUAAGAUAGCAUAAUAUAAAAGUUUUAAAUCUCAAAAAAAUCAGUUUUUUAAACUAAAAUUAGUGUUAAACAAUGUUUUUAAAUGGAUAAGGGGUAGUCCAAUAAUCGAGGCCGACACUGUUCUUAUCUUUGAUUUAUUCCUAGGUUUUACGAGAAUCAUCAUGGGUCAUACGUAUACACUCAUCAUCCGCCGCCGCCGCCGGCGGCAGCAAUAAACGGUAACCCUAUGGGAUUGUGGCGUAUAAAUCCAACCCUCCAUACCUCAACUUUUAAUCGUGACCGUCCAGUAGUUCACUCCAUGCCUUUGUUAACUGAUGUUAACGAAUCAUUCAAACCGCGGCCACCGCCGCCGCCGCCGUACUUUUACGAUUUGAAAAACGCCGCCGUGCAAGAUCAUCACGUCAGUUUGGAUCUUCAUCUGUAACCGCAAGAUUAAAUAUGUAAUUCACUUUCUUUCUUUUUUUUAAUUAUAGAACUUUCAUCAAAAUGCUAAUUAAUUAUAAAUUACCAUAAUUUAUCUA